CCUUAUUGCAAACAACGAAACGCCGGCUUGUGGUGUAACAGUCACUUGAUGGCAUGACGCCGCCGGCGGACACGAUCCUCUUGGAGGCUACACUGACAAGUACAGCAGCACCGCCCCAUCCCUUGAAGCUUCCUUUGCCGGUGCGGGGAGCACCAUCCAGCUCAGGUCCAUCAAACAGCGGGCUGGUUCAGUUAAUUCAACUCGGUGCAUCCGGUCGGUAUGUGCUUCGCCUGUUGGAUUUAGUGGUCCCAAACCCCAAGCGACAACACCUCUACGUACUGUUGUGUCGAUCCAAAGUGACGUCCCUGACAAAGACCUUCCUCACCACGUUCGAGCGAACGGCGGAGCGGUUGUUGCUGGCCGACGGGCCGGACGGCCAGCUCAAGGGGUGCCACCUCCACAGUUUCGACCACCCCCUCGACCACAUUAUGGACCUGCGCGACUUCAAGUCGGUUGUCGUAUGCAAACCAGCGACGGCAAAGCCCCCCACCGUCGUCGCCGACAUCCACUUGUUCGCCAACUUUGUGCCGUACGCCCAUUUGACGGCCGAGUCGGAGGCGGCCCUGGCCGCGAAAGCAAGUCUUCUUGCCGCCAAACAAGCCCAAGACAACGAGGACUUUGGUCGUGAGGGAGUGCAAGUAAACCUUCAGCACGCUGAGCUCGACAUCGCGACUCUCCAGGCCAGCGCCCAUGAGCUCUUUCGCAUGUUUGACCGGGAUCGGUCUGGUACAAUUGAAUUUUCAGAAUUUCAGCGCAUGCUAGCCUUCCGCCACAUCAACUUGCUCGAACCGCAGGCGAGGCGAUUCUUCGCUCUCUGCGACAUCGAUCGUGGGGGCGCCAUCGACGAAGAGGAGUUUGUGGCAGCGCUGUACAUGACCAACUACCUGAAAGGUCGCAAACCCACGCCACACUUGACUCCUGAAGAUGUAUUUGCCGUAUUUGACGACGACCGCGACAAUUGUUUGAACUUGCUCGAGUACGAACUCGCGCUCAAGGCCCUUGGCGUCCAGGCCCCGAAGCAAGCCAUGAUGAAGCAUUUUCCAUCGGCAAAUCGCUUGAUCACACUGCUAGAGUUUCAACGGGCAUGGGUCGCCCUCAUCGAUGUCGUCACCGAAUGCGAGACGAGAAAGCUGCUGCCACUGCCCCCGCCUCCGCUCCUCCAUCAACGUCUGCUUCAUCCGAGCCUUCGAACGCAGCAGCUUCAGGGCCAUUUGCUCGCGGGUUUGGCAGCUCAAGCCGCCGAAGAAGUCGCCGCGGCUGCUGCCGCGCGGGACGUUGUUCUCGAAAUCGGUCGCUUACGCGCGAUCGAGCGACAGACCGCUCAGCGCGAGGUGCUGCACCUAAAGCGCGGCGAAGAAGUCGAGAUCAAGACGAUAGAGGCGCUGCGGGAACGAGAGGAAAAGAUGCAGCGGCGACGGGCAAGGAAUGCCAAAGUCAAGCUCGUCCAAGAAGAGAAGCGCCUCGUGGCAUUGGUAAACGCAGAUCGCGAACGCCGCAAGCAGUUGCUCAUGAGCGUCCGGACGGAGGCGCUGAUGCGUCGCCGCGACGAUACGGCCGCGCGUCGAGCUGCUCGCGGGGACGACGAGCUCCUUCUAGCCAACCGACAACUCGUCGUCGUACCACAUGAGCUGUAUCAUGGCAAAGCUGCGCUCAUGGAGCUCUCCAACAUGAUAAUCGUCGACCUGGCACACAACAAGCUCACGACGCUUCCAGAAAACUUUGCGUACAACUUGGAUUCAGUUCAAAAGCUCGACAUCAGCUACAACGAGCUCGAAUCGUUGCCCGCGGACAUCGGCCAACUGCACGCGCUGCGGCUAUUGAGCGUACGACGGAACCGACUGACGGCGCUGCCCGCGUCCUUGUCACGCCUUGCUUGUCUCGAGAUCCUUGAUGUGUCGUCGAAUGCGCUGUGCAGCCUGCGCCUCGGCCACGACACUACCAACACGACCGCAUCGUCGUGGGGAGGGCUGCGAGCCCUCCAGGCGUUGUACGUCGGUGACAACAGUCUAGCGACGCUGCCGCCAGACCUGAGCGCGACGCCGAGUUUGGCCUACUUGGACAUGGUUGGAAAUCCCGUGAGUCGGUUUCCGCUGAGCUUUCGAGACUGUCGUGCGCUUGUGAUGCUGGACGUGUCCAAGUGUGCGCUCAAGCACUUGAGUACCGAGUUUGGAAGCCACCCCCGCGCGCAAGUCGUCCAGAUGUCGUACAACAUGCUGAGCCACUUGCCACCAUCCGUGGCAGGGCUGACGGCGAUGCAGGAGCUCUCUAUUUCGCACAACGAACUCCUGUCGCUGCCGGAGGCGGUCGGGGCAUGGGGCGACCUCGUGGCUCUAGACGCGUCGUACAAUCGAAUCCGAUUGCUGCCAGACGAGAUCGGCCAGUGGCGCCAGGUUGAAGUCCUCAACUUGAGCCACAACCGCCUCCAGAACGUUCCACGCCAGAUUGGAUCGCUCGCCUUUUUGCACACCCUCCACUUGCGCGACAAUGCCCUGGUCGAGCUCCCGCUUGACAUGGGGGCGCUGACCGCCCUUCGCCACUGCGACCUGUCGCGAAAUGCCCUAACGGCGCUGCCACCGCAGCUCGGAUUCUGCCAUGCCCUGCGGACGCUGGAUGUGUCCGAAAACGUGAUCACAGCGCUGCCGCCGUCCGCUGGCAUGUGGAUGGCACUGGAGAAGCUCCAACUGCAGCACAACCAACUCGUGUCGCCCCUGCCUGACACGGUCGUGGACUGGACGGCGCUGCGCGUCCUCGAUUUGAGCCACAACGCGCUGACGCAUCUCGACCGCGCGUUGUGCACCCUCACGCGGCUCGAGAGCCUCAACGUAGCCAAGAAUCGCAUCGCAUUUCUUCCCGUCGAGGUUGGAAACAUGACGGGGCUGCGCCAUCUCGACUUGUACCGGAAUGCUCUCCAAGCGUUGCCGAUGGAGCUCGCGAUGCUGAUCCCGACGCUGGAGGUGCUUCACGUGGAUGGAAACCCGCUGUCGGCGCUUCCAGAGAAGUGGUGCACGCGCUGGCGACUCCAGGACAAGUACCGAACCCAGUUUGCCCAUGGGUACUCAACGCCGGAAGCGCUUGAGUGGACCCAAGACCACGCGAUCUACUAUCCUGCCGUCGUCGCGGUCUGGACCGCCCAUGCGGACGAGUAUCUGUCGCACGCUGUGCUAGUUAGUUCGUUCCUGGACGAAGUCCGGACGGUGCUACAUGAUCAGUGGCAACCGCGGUUUGAAAAGCCCGUCAAGAUGCACUUCUUCGAGUUCAAGUACCAGGGACAUCCGACCGUGUACGAUGACGCAGGGGACGAUGUGCGGAACGACCACCGGCGGCAGGAAGCGGCUCGCGCUGCGAGUCGGGACGCCCAAGUUGCCGCCAUUGCAUCGGACACAUCCGUGCUAGCCCACGCGCUCGACGAAACGUACGCGGUUAACAUGGUCGAGGCGGAGAUGAAGAGCGCCGUCAAGCGAGAGCGGCAUCGUCGAAAGAAAGAAUUCGAACGGCAUGUGGCCGCCAAGACGCUGCAGCAAUACAUCCAAGUGCACGCAACCGAGCGCAAUGACGAGGAGGCGCGACGACGCCAAGAGGCGCGACAUGAAUUCGCUGAACGCAUGACGCACGAAGCGCUGCAGCAGGAAGCUAUAUUGCAGCGGAACUACAGCGCCCCAGAUCAAACCAAGUGGAACUUUUACCAUCGCACCGGGCGGCACCUCGACGACAUGAUGGAGAUGCAAGUUGAGGAUGGCCGCGUAGAGAAAGACCACUCGCGUAUCGAAUCAUGAGCUCGACGGAUACAUCAGCAAUUGUGAAGUCAAUGGCAAUGCUCACAAGUUCUCGGGACCACCGACGACGUACCCAAGCUCCCGAGUCACGUACAACCCAAUGGUGGACAGGGCAGACGCCGUCUCCGCGACACACUGCGCGGGGUUGCACAGCCAAACGCGCUGGCUUGGUUGCCUUACCCAUAUAGAUCCAACUCUCCAUCACAGUGAUCAUAGCCAAGCGCACAGCGUCGGACCUGUGUUCAUGGAUGGCUAGGGCCUUAUCACCGUAUAUGUGCUCGAAAACAUGCGCCAAACCCUGUCUUACAUCGAUGGCCACCCGGCGACCUUCGCGACGUUUACCUGCCCGUUGGUCGCCCCAAGUUGGCAUCCAAACGGGACAAGGGAAUGCGGUCGAGCAUUAUCCAGACAUGAGGCGUCGGACACUCUUCAGUGGUGGCUCCACGUUGAAAGGUAGCAGCGGUGGAUGUCCCAGUACAAGCGCAGGAAUCGGGAAUUCCUUUGCGCUUGUGUCCACGACUUUGCAAGCAGCACCGCCGG